UCAGCGCCGUCGUGCUGCUCUGCCUCUCCGCGCCGCAGCAGAGCGAGCAGAGCAUGGCGCCCCCACGGCGCGCACUCCUCGUCGCCGGGAUACUCGCCGCGGCGCUGCCGCUGCUCCUCCUUCGCCCGGCAGAGGCGGGGACUGUGGGCGUGAACUACGGCCGAGUGGCGAACAACCUGCCGAACCCAGCGGCGGUGAUGCAGCUGCUCAAGCAGCAGGGCAUCACGCAGGUGAAGCUCUACGACACCGAGCCCACCGUGCUGCGCGCGCUCGCCAACACCGGCAUCAAGGUGGUGGUCGCGCUCCCCAACGAGCAGCUCGCCGCGGCGGCGUCCCGCGCCUCCUAUGCGCUCCUGUGGGUGCGCCGGAACGUGGCGGCCUACUACCCGGCCACGCAGAUCCAGGGCAUCGCCGUGGGGAACGAGGUCUUCGCCACCGCCAAGAACGUCACGGCGCAGCUCGUCCCGGCCAUGGUCAACGUCCACGCCGCGCUGGCCCGGCUCAACCUCGACAAGUCCGUCAAGGUGUCGUCCCCCAUCGCGCUCACCGCGCUCGCGACGUCGUACCCGUCCUCCGCGGGCGCGUUCCGGGAGGACCUCGCGCAGCCCGUGAUGAAGCCCAUGCUCGACUUCCUGGCGCAGACCGGGUCCUACCUCAUGGUCAAUGCCUACCCGUUCUUCGCCUACUCCGGCAAUGCGGGCGACAUCUCCCUCGACUACGCGCUGUUCCGCCCCAACGCCGGCGUGCAAGACACCGGGAACGGCCUCAAGUACUACAGCCUCCUCGACGCCCAGCUCGACGCCGUCUUCGCGGCGGUGAGCAGGCUCGGGAACUACAAUGGCGUGCGCGUGGUGGUCUCCGAGACGGGGUGGCCGUCCAAGGGUGACACGAACGAGGUAGGCGCCUCGGCCGCCAACGCCGCGGCGUACAACGGCAACCUGGCGCGCCGCGUGCUCUCCGGCAACACGGGCACGCCGCUCCGCCCCAACGCGGACAUCGACGUGUACCUCUUCGCGCUCUUCAACGAGAACCAGAAGCCCGGCCCGACAUCCGAGCGCAACUACGGCGUGUUCUACCCGAACCAGCAGAAGGUGUACGACGUCGAGUUCGUCCUCGGCAGCGGCGGCGGCGGCGCGGCGGGCGGCGGCGGCCUCGGGUGGCAGGAGAACGGCGGGCCCACCAGCGGCAACCCGCCGAGCGGGGUGAAGGUGACGACGGGGGAGGCGUGGUGCGUGGCGAACGCGAUGGUCGGGGAGCAGCGGCUGCAGGCGGCGCUGAACUACGCGUGCGGCGAGGGCGGCGCCAACUGCAAGGCCAUCCAGCCCGGCGCGGCGUGCUUCGAGCCCAACACCAUGGUGGCGCACGCCUCCUACGCCUUCAACGACUACUACCAGCGCAAGGGCCGGUCCAUCGGCACCUGCGACUUCGCCGGCGCCGCCUACGUCGUCAACCAGGCACCGAAGAUGGGCAAGUGCGACCUCCCAUCGACGGUCUGAACUCUGAAGAAACUGAAGCUACGUGGCCGAGGAUCCCAGGCCGGCCUGCAGCCAUCUCGAGGGCGAAAGUCUAGCGAGGGGAAGAUGUUGGAAUCUUUGCGCCCUUUCACCCUUUCUUUACUGCUGCUGCAGCCUUGACUCCUGCUAUGUAACUAUGCUACGUAGUAGUAGAAAACCAACACCGCUGUAGCUGUACGCCUUUCUUUUUGCAGCCUUGGCUGAUGGGGGAUACCUUUGUUUAGUCUGCUAUGUAACUAUGCUACUGUUAUAAGCUGAUUAGUAUAGAUUAAUUAAUGGCUUAGCCUUUGCUCCCA